UUUAUUAGUUUAGAGAAGCAAGGGAACCAAACUAACGCCAACUACCUUUCUUCCUCAUUCUUUUAUACCAUUAUCACAAAAGAACACUUACUCAAUCCAAAUGCUUACAAUGGCUUUGUUACCCUCAUCACUCCAUUUUUCAUCUUUGUAUCUCAGCACAAGCACCAUUGUGACUCUCUGUGUAUUCUUCUCUCUCCUUUGCACUUGCAUCAUCAUUGGCCAUCUUCUGGAAGAGAAUCGGUGGGCUAAUGAAUCCAUCAUUGCCCUUCUUCUGGGGUUGUGUGCUGGAGUGGUAGUGUUGUUGGUGACCAAGUUUCAUAGUGAUAAGAUUUUAAUAUUCAGUGAGGACUUGUUCUUUCUUUACUUGCUUCCCCCAAUCAUUUUCAAUGCCGGUUUCCAAGUCAAGAAGAAACAGUUCUUCAAGAAUUUCACAAUUAUACUGCUGUUUGGAGUCAUUGGAACAGUUAUUUCAUUCUGUCUGAUAUCUUUUGGUGCCCUUAUGCUCAUUCAAAGGAUUGGCAUAUCUAACCUUGGCAUAAAAGAUUACCUAGCCAUUGGUGCCAUAUUGUCAGCAACGGACUCAGUCUGUACAUUGCAGGUAUAUUCUAUCCUUGGUGCAAAUACAAAUAUGAAUUUCAAAAUUAGCCUUCAAUCUCUCAAAUUGUUGGUUCUUAAUCAAGAUGAAACUCCCUUACUUUACAGCAUUGUAUUUGGGGAGGGAGUAGUAAAUGAUGCUACAUCUAUUGUGCUUUUCAAUUCAGUUCAAUCGUUUGACUUCAGCAGCCUCGAUGCUAUUACAGCCUUGAAAUUGUUGGGGAUUUUCCUUUACCUCUUCUGCACUAGUACUGCCCUUGGCAUAAUGGUUGGCCUUUUGAGUGCUUACAUUAUUAAAACACUUUACCUUGGAAGGCAUUCUACAGAUCGUGAAGUUGCACUUAUGAUGUUGAUGGCAUAUUUGUCAUACAUGAUCGCUGAGCUUUUGAAUCUCAGUGGGAUUUUGACUAUUUUCUUUUGUGGCAUUGUGAUGUCACACUACACUUGGCACAAUGUUACAGGAAGCUCAAGGACAACAACCAAGCACUCCUUUGCAACCAUCUCAUUCAUUUCUGAAACAUUUAUAUUCAUGUAUGUUGGCAUGGAUGCUUUAAACACUGAUCAGUGGAAAAAUAGCAAAGCCAGGUAAAUAAAAACGUCCUUGUUGUGCACUGUAUAGCACGAAGUAAUACCAUUGUUUUAGACAGGAUUUGCAUCGCCACUGAUGCAACCAUAUUUUAGUUCAUAAAGUUCCCUCUGUUUUCGUCAAGGAACACAUUAUAUCCUCAUUUUAAUAUUGUAUUAUUUUCUUAAUGC